AUGAUUCUGCCGAGAAUGCUCCACGUGUUCAUCGUUUUCAUCCUUAUUUGCGAUGUCGCUGCAAGUUCAAGACACAUUCGCCGGCGUCGUUUUUUGGACAUUGGAAUUGAGGACGUGAGAAACCACUAUCUCGCUUAUAAUGAUCAAAUCAGCUUUCUUCGGACGGUUCAGGAACGCAAUCCAGAUAAAGUUGAAAUCUUGCCAUUCGGACAUUCAUACGAAAUGCAACCGCUCUAUCUCGUCAAGAUAACGAACAGAGAAUCGAAAAAUACGAACAAGAAGAAGAUCUGGAUUGACGCCGGCAUUCACGGACGUGAAUGGGUUGCCAGUUCUGCGGCAAUUGAUCUCAUCUAUGAGCUAGCCAAUAAUCCAGAAGUCGAGUAUAUGUUAAAUAACCUGGAAUUGCUCAUUGUCCCGAAUUUGAAUCCUGAUGGCUACAUGUACAGUUCAACGGGUCCUGAAAACAGAAUGUGGCGAAAAACGCGAUCGAGACAGGGGCAAUGUUUCGGUGUCGACGGAAAUCGAAACUAUCCAAUUGAUUGGGCAAGAGCUGGAACCAGCAACAAUUCAUGCUCAGACACUUUUGGAGGAGACAAACCAUACAGUGAGAUUGAAGUGUAUUACAACAUCCAAGGAAUUUUAUCUGAAAUGAAAUCGCUACGAGGCUACGUUAGCUUCCACGCUUAUGGCGAACAGAUUCUGUAUCCAUAUGGCUAUGCCUUCGAUACCUAUCCGGAAGAUGUUGAAGAUUUAAUUCAUGUCGCUAACAAAAUGUCAACGGCUAUCAAGAAUGACACUGGUGUGCGCUAUAAAGUGAUUAACAGUGCUGAUAUGUAUCCGGCUUCUGGGGCUUCCGAUGACUGGGCGAAAAGCAUUGGUAUCAAAUACACGUUCACUAUCGAAUUAUCUCCAAAAAGUGAUGAAAUCAACUUCAAACUCCCCACAAAGGAGUUGAAGCUCACUCAUCGCGAGGCCUACGUUGCCAUUCGGACUCUGAUGGAACAUAUUAAUUCUGAAGUUUAA